AUGGCCCAGGUUAAGUCACCCGUGGAUGGUGUCAAGAGUCAGCAGCAGUGUGCAGAGAUGUACUCUGAUAUUACCACCGUCAGCUCCAGCGCAGGUCAGUCAAAAAAAAAUUUUAUGUCAAAAUUCUAUUGUAUCAGUCAGAAUUGUAUGAUGAAGUUACGUUAUUAAUAACAAAUUAUACAUGGUUCAUUUAUAUCUGCAUGAACUAAAUGUAAAUAUCAUGAAUUGAUGCUGUAGUACAGGAAGUGUACUUACUGUGAUCAAGAUGUGGUUGUCCCACUGGCUAUCCUAAAUUGAAUGCACCAAUUUGUAAGUCGCUCUGGAUAAGAGCGUCUGCUAAAUGACUUAAAUGUAAAUGUGGUUAAUAAGCGUUGUUUUCAUUUAAUAUUUUAUAUGAAAAUGGACUGAAAACUGUAAGUCCUUAACAUUUCUAGACUUUGAUGAAAAUGAUUGAGAAAGAAUAACAAACAAAAAUGUAAGAAAUAAAAUACUAUUUUGGCCAGUUCCCUGUUCAUUCUGGUUGUUCGCCAUCCAGCGUAAUGUGAACAGCCAGUCAACCAUGUCAACCAAUUUUCCAAAUUAGUCACUGUUAGCUAUUGUUAACUUAAUCUUGUUCAAAUCCCCAUGUCUCUGGUAUCUCUUUCUCACGAGAUUGAAUUUGGUCAGCAAAGCCUCGUGGCUAUUAGGUUGCUCGAGGUUGAUGGGAAAGAUAAAGUCAUGUAAUCCGUAUUUUUUAAAGAACAUUCAUCAGUGAAAUGUGUCCUUACAAAUUUGGGCGACUUCCUAUGUGGUGAAAGUGAAACACAAGUAGGCCUAUAGGCCUGACCAGCCUACCUCAUGAAACGUGCACUAGAGAGUAUAAUCAAGAAACUCAGCCAUCAUUUACUGUUUAAUUAAAGGCAGAGUGAAUGCCUUUGCAGCAUCAAUUCAAAGUCCUCACCCACUCAACCUAUCGUUAUCCCGCCUACAGAUGUGGGCAGCCCAGCCAGAAAUGGCCCAUUUGACAGUAUGGCCCUAGGCCUCAGUAGGCGUGCGAGAGCCUACCCAUCCCCAGCGCGCAGGCGCCAUCGCACCACCUUCAGUCACAAGCAGCUGGACCAGCUGGAGAUCGCGUUUGGACAGAACCACUACCCCGACAUCUACUGCCGUGAGGAACUAGCGCGGCUCACCAAACUCAACGAGGCACGCAUACAGGUCAGUGCGCCUAGUCCUAUUUAUCAGUCCACAGGGAUUUCGUUAAUUUUUUUAUCCUCGGGGUAAAAGUUGAUAAUACUUGCGAUGUCUAACUCAAACAGUUUUCAUUUACAAAUGAAAGGCCAUGACAUACUUAUUAUCCAUUAUCCUAUAAAAUUGUUAAAUCUCAAAUUCAACCCAGUUAAGACUGAUUUCGUAUUGUAUUUGACAGGUAUGGUUCCAAAAUCGCCGUGCCAAAUACCGCAGGCAGGAGCGUGCGUCUCAGAAGGUCUUGCCAAUGGGCAUGAUGCCAGGGCACGGGGCACUGUUGGGCAGCAUGUGUGUUCAGUCCACAGGGUUGAUCCGUCAGUACUACCCUCACUCCCUGGCUCACCAUAUCCCCCGGUUCCCCUCUAUGCUGCCCUCAGGUGGUUACUCCCACUCCCACCACCCAGGCUCAGCCAGCCAGUGUCCCUGCCCCACAGUCCCACCACAGCCACAACCCUCCCGCCAGCACGAGGAGUGGUACAGCCCGCUACAGAACAUUGGAGCCCCACCCAGCAACCUGGCCACACCUGUGUUCUCCCUGACUUCCAUGCCUGCUCUAGACCCUGGCUCUCACUGGAACUAAAGAAAGGGAAACUUCUAUGUCGAGAGGUAGACAAGCUCUGAUAGGCUGUGUUUCGAAGAACUAACAGUUAUUCAUUGCACCUUAGAUUAGAUUACAUAAUACAGAUUUGUGUAUCUAUGCAGUGAUAGCUAGCAACUAAAGAACAUUAAGUAUAUAGAGAAUAGUGAGAACGACUUAACUCUUUCACCCCUUGAAUACCUGACAUUGCAUGUUUUCUGUGACAAGCAGAUUGAAAGUUCAGGGUAGCCUAACUGAGAGAAAGACAUUUGUGGGUAAUCUUGAAUUACCCAUAUAGAUUGUCUGAAAUAUACACGAUACAGCUUUCUCCUAACAAUGCCUUUUGUAUAAGUAGUGUGUAUUGGGAGUGAUUUGUUUGUUUAUGUUGAAGUGAUGCUAGAAAGUUUUUGUAUAAUUUCAACCAGUAGAUUUGAAAGUAGCGCUCAGAAGUCAAAAUGGGUCCCCGGAAAUUGUGAACAAUUGUGUACAACGUCAUCCAU